GACGCUUGGAUAUUACAACAUGUCUAACGGAGGAAAAUUUGUGCGGGCACCGAUCGCCAAUGACGUCUCACAUAAAAGCAAGAUGAGUGAAAAACUAAGCGACGGAGUUUCGUUUGAUUUCGACGAUCUUGACGUGGCUGCCCAUGAAACAGUGGAAACGAAUAAUUCAACGUCGGAAGAAACCGAUGAUGUAACUGGAAGACUGCACCGUUUAGAGAGAAUGGUGGAAAACUUCAUUGGACAAAAGCCGUCUGAAGUUGAUCUGACAGCAAAUGAAGCUAACCAGAACGGAAAUAACGAUUUUCAACCAUCUUCCGGUUCCAAUCAGACGGAUAGAGGAUGUAACAUCCGUUGGGAUCUCAUCCCCAAGUUUCCGAAGGACAUCCCUUCGAACAAACUAUGGGAAUGUUGGCAAAGUUUUAUUGAAAAUUUUGAAAUCGCAGCGUCAUUGUCCACCGUCACCGCAUCGGCGGACCGUGCAAAAUUGUUGUACUUGUCGAUCGGAAAAAAUUUGCAAGACAUAAUUAACGCGGCAGACCUGCAGCCUAAUUAUCAAGACCCGAGGUGCUACUCAACACUUGUUGCCGGCGUGAAUAACUACUUUAGGUCGAUGACCGACACCGCUGCAGAGCACGAGGCGUUCCAGGCUAUGCGUCAAACGAAAGGCGAAUCCAUCGUCACGAUCCAUGCCAGAUUGACUCAAAAGGUACGACUCUGCGGUUACAGCCCCACUGACCAAGUCCGUUUUGUCCUUGCUCAAUUGCUUAAAGGCAUGCAUAACCGGGAGCUUGCAAUGGCUGCUAGAACAUACGGGCACGAAGCAAACUACAUUGUACAAGCAGCCACAAGAGUUGAAGCAUAUGAAGCAAGCGAGCAAAGUGUGGAGACUAGUACAUCCGAUGUCCUUGCGGUUAACCGGAAACGGGAACCCAUUCGUGAAAGUGGCCCUUUCCAAAAAAUGCGAAAAAACGAGGAGAACCGAGCUUACAGUGGAAAGACAUCCAGAGGGCCGUCGCAGGAUUAUCGACAGGGGCAACGAACUCACUGCUGGAGGUGUGGAUUCUUGUUUCACAAGAGAGACACAUGCCCAGCGUUGGAUAAACAGUGCAACACAUGCGGACGAGUUGGACACUAUGCCGUAACGUGUCGCAGCAAAGUCAAGAAAACCAGCAUCAAUGAUGUACAAGAGAACCCGCGAGCGAACCGACGCAGUAAUCUCCCACUAGGAUGGACAAAGGAUUUCAGCGAUGAGCAGGUAUAGAACAAAUGUAAAACGAAACGUAAAAGAUCAAUAAAGUCAAUCGUCAAAAAAGAAAAAAAA